GCCGUACUCUAGCUCUGAAACUGCUUUGUGUACAACAGUGUUGUAUUGCCAGUGGGAUAUUUGAUCAAAUUUAGCGCUCUGGCCUUAGUCGUAAAUGUUGUGUGGUCGGAAUGGCUAAUGACAGAUUGAGAGCACUGGAGGAUGUGGAGAAAGAGAUCGCUUUAGUGCUACAGAGUGCAGGAACUAUCGUGCUAGAGCUUUCAAAAGAGAAGUCCAAUGCAAGUUUAUUAGACCGACAACUGAAUCAGUUCCAGACCUCCAUUAACAGGGUGGAAAGUGAACUCAGUUCACAGAUCCGAUAUCUGACACAGGUGGCAACAGGUCAGCCUCAUGAGGGGUCAACAUACUCCGCCAGAAAAGACUGUCAGAUGGCCCUUAACCGUGCAGAAUAUGCCCGUGUUAAACUGGGAGAGCUGGGACGAACCUGUGAGAUAAUGCUUGAUCCACAGACAUAAACUUGUACUGAAGGGACCUUUUGCUUUGUAAUAUCUGGCAGCAGACCUGAUGGUUAAGGUCGAACGGCUUGUUUCAUGAUCUUUUUGGAGACUGUCUCCUAGCCAUUAUGUAAGGGAAACUCUGACAACAACCCAGUGAUUUACUGGAAAACAUCCAUUGUUGUAAAAUUGCACCAAAGCGUUUGUCUAUAAAAAGGUUACAUAUUUA